GGUGUAAUGGGGGCGGGUCGCCGUGUGUUUAAUGGCGGCGGACAGGCUGUGAUGAGCCACGGCGGAAAAGACACAUUCAGCGAUCCAGCCAUCAGUAAACCUCCUCACCGGCCGCACGGAAGAGCGCGAAAAUGCAGAUCACGUUGAAAACCCUCCAGCAGCAGACGUUUAAAAUCGACAUCGACGCGGAGGAGACGGUAAAAGCCUUAAAGGAAAAAAUAGAGAAUGAAAAAGGAAAGGAGGGCUUUCCAGUGGCAGGACAGAAGCUGAUAUAUGCAGGAAAAAUCCUGAAUGAUGACACGGCACUCAAGGAGUAUAAGAUCGAUGAGAAGAACUUUGUGGUGGUUAUGGUAGCAAAGCCUAAAGCAGCUCCUGCAUCUGCCCCUUCAUCUGCUGCCACAGCAACCACCGCCACCUCUUCCAGCACUACAGUCACCACGAGCCCCUCCUCUGCCCCGCCUGCUGAGACCCCCUCUGAGAGCGCCCCCAAAGAAGACAAACCUGACGAGGAGAAACCAGCCAGCAGCGCUGCACCCUCCUCCACAUCCACCAGUUUUGCUUCUUUGUCAAAUGCAAACAUAUUUGAUGAGGCAACGUCUGCACUGGUGACGGGGCAGUCGUAUGAGAACAUGGUGACAGAGAUGAUGCUGAUGGGUUACGAGAGAGAGAAAGUGGUGGCGGCACUGAGAGCCAGUUUCAACAAUCCUGACCGUGCCGUCGAGUACUUGCUCACGGGUAUUCCUGCAGAGGGAGAAGGCAGUGUUGGAGGUGCUGAUCCAGUGGCUCCUGUAGGUGGUGCUCCAGCUGCAUCCACAGGCCUCUCUUCCCUGUCCAGUACCUCCCUGUCACAGCCCAGCACAGGAUCAGGAUCAGGAUCAGGAGCGAAUCCUCUGGAGUUCUUGAGGAACCAGCCGCAGUUCCUACAGAUGAGACAGAUCAUCCAACAGAACCCAUCACUCCUCCCAGCUCUACUACAACAGAUCGGCAGAGAGAAUCCUCAGCUCUUGCAGCAAAUCAGCAGCCAUCAGGAGCAGUUUAUCCAGAUGCUCAAUGAGCCCAUCCAGGAGGGGGGUCAAGGUGGUGGUGGUGGUGGGGGCGUGGCUGAGGCAGGAGGCGGGCACAUGAACUACAUCCAGGUCACACCUCAGGAGAAAGAAGCUAUUGAGAGGCUAAAAGCCCUGGGAUUCCCAGAAGGACUCGUUAUACAGGCCUACUUCGCUUGUGAGAAAAAUGAGAAUUUGGCUGCAAACUUCCUUUUACAGCAGAACUUUGAUGAUGAUUAGAGGAGGAAUGGGCAUCCUGAUCUUUCUUCCCCUCUUGUGUUUUGUUUUGUUGUUGUUUUUUGAAUGAUCAUUUUGGAAAAGAAAGAAAUCUAUACAAAUACACACAAACACACACAGGUUGUCAUAUUCUGUCAAUUUUACACACUGGAUGACAUGAGCACAUCUGUUUGGAGAUAAUGACAUCAACCGUUCAUCUCCAGAAAUCAGUAAAAGCCUCUUUGCCUCCUCGAACAUUUGCCUGUUUAUUUUACAUUUGUUCUCUUUUUAAGACCAAUAAAGAGCACAUUAAUCCCCAUUCUUAGAAUGCUAGCAGGUUAAAGAGGCUAUUGAAGUUUGUUUUCCAUGAGUUGAGAGCCAGGAUUGACCGGGACGUUUGGUUUAAUCACAAUAUCCGUGUUCCUGUUCAGAAAAAAUGUUAUUUCUGCUCUCUCUUUCUCUUUCUUUGUCUUGAGUUGACCAUUAAUAGAGAUCCCAAAUACUUCAACUGCAGUUUUAAAUGACAGUAAAGAUUUUUAAAUAAGCAAAUCAAGAGUUAUGUUAGGUUUGUUUCAGCUUUUACUGGUGCUGCAUGAAUCCUGAUGGAUGUUUUGAGUGAUACUGACACAUAGGUUAAGAACCAUUAAAAGCUUGUGUGACUUCCAUA